AUGACAUGGGAUGUUUACUUUGACGAAACUCCGCUUGAAACAUUCCGGAAGAGUCUGAACCUGCUGAUGAAGGAAGGUUCGGAAGAAGUUGAUCGGUUGAAACGAAGCUUUGAAUAUGGUCCUAGUAGGGUAAAACUCACACAACUACGGUGGGCACGAAAAACAUUCCUUGAAAUCUAUG